CUUUUUUUUCAUCUCUCUCUUUUUUUUUUAAAUAAAUGAAUCUUGAUAUUUGAUUUGGGUUUAGUACGCAAUCUCUUUCGCAUAGUUCACUGUUUCGUUUCAAUUCAAUUCUACUUGAUACAAUUGAUCAUAAUAAUCAUUGUUCAUCCCUACAUGAUAAAUGCCAUAAUAAUUAAAGACCACACCACCAUUGACGAUUCUCAAUGUCUAAUUAUCCUUUUCAGUUUCGUUCUCCAAUUUCCUUAUUUACAAUUUGCUUAGUCCUUAUUCCUUAAUGCAAAUUAUAUUCCUAUUCCUCAGCUAUUCGAAGCUGAAUUUUAAAAACUCACAUCUAAACCUAUUAUAUUCGGGGUAUUAUAAUUGUUUGGAUAAUCUUCAAUUCGGCAUUAUGGGUUCGAUUAUAUGAUUUGGGCUCUACUUGGUUCUUUGGCGUUUUGGGUUUUCCUAAAUGCUUGUAUGAAGAAGAAUUGGAUUUCACAGAUUGACUUUAGGCAUGAUUGUGUUAUUGUUAAAUUCGCUUGUUGUUGUGGUAAUUGCGUACAGAAUCUUGCUCCUGUGGGAUGGAAGUCUUGGUUUCAGAUGGAAAACGGCUUAGGCAGUUUUCUAAUAAAGACGUGGAGGGAGUUUCAAGUGUUUCCAUGGUUGCACGGGUGAGAACAUGCCCAGACAUUAUUCAAGGUCAAAGUAAAUCAAGAGGUGGCAGGAGGGGCAAUGACUAUUCACCGAUGGCUACUGCAAGACCCUUAUCCAAUAAAGAACAGGUCAAUCGAGAUGUUAAAUGUUCGAGUGCUAAAACAAUUUUGAAAAAGAGGCGUAGAGCCUCAAUGGAAAGAGAUUUGGAGGAUGAUUUCAUAAUGGAUGAAGAUGAAGAAGGGGAGAUGUUGUAUUUGUUCAAGUUAAAAGACCGGAGUAGAAGAAAAAUCAGAAACUCUGAUUUCAAAGUGACUGAAGCAAGUUCAAAAGACGCUGCUGAUGACAAUAACGAAUCGAUUAAUGCUACAUUUUGCCCUCCUCCAGCUUCUCUUACCCCAUCUUCUAAUAACAGCACAAAGAUUGAUGAAGUGGUUGUUUCGAGGUGUCAUCAGUGUAUGGAGAAGAAGAGUUCUGUUGUCUCUUGCGCCACAUGUACACAAAAAUCAUAUUGUUACCAAUGUGCAGAACAAUGGUACCCUAACCUGAAAGUAAAGGACAUUGAGUCGCUUUGCCCAUUCUGCCGCAAAAUCUGUAACUGCAAUGCCUGCUUGCAUUCUACUGGGAUUUUUAAGACAUUGGAGACAAAGAUGGAUAAUUGUGAAAAGGUUUGGCACCUGAAGUAUGUACUGUGCUUACUGCUCCCAUAUAUGAAACAAAUUUGUGAAGAACAAACUGAGGAGAUAGAGAUUGAAGCUAGAAUUCAAGGGACUUCAUCUUCUGCAAUUGUAGUAGCACAGACCCUAUGCUAUAAUGAUGAACGCGUGUAUUGCGAUCAUUGUGCAACAUCAAUAAUUGAUCUUCAUCGAAGCUGCCAGGAGUGCUCUUUUGAAAUCUGUCUCAGUUGUUGUCGUGAUAUCCGCAAGGGGUGCAUUUCAGACCGAACUGCAGUCAAAUUUCAAUAUGAGUUUAAGGGUUAUGAGUACAUUCACGGAGGGGAUCCUUUACCUGAAUUAUGUCAUUUAGAAACAACAUCAGAGAAUGGUAUGGAACCCUUGGAUGGAUGGAGUGCAGAUCUUGACGGGAGUAUCAGGUGUGCUCCAAAAUACAUGGGAGGGUGCUAUAAAUGUAGAUUAGAGCUCAAACGUAUCCUUCCGAUUGGGUGGAUCUCUAAUUUAGUUGUGAAAGCAAGAGAACUUCUUGGGGUUGGUACAAAUGAAAUGAUAACUUAUAAUUACGAGUACACCAACGAGAGGAACAAAUCAAUGAGAAAAUCAGCUUCUAGAGAAGAUUCAGAUGACAACUACUUGUACUGUCCAGACUCAAAUGAUGUCCUAAAGGAAGGGCUUUUCCACUUCCAGAAGCACUGGGCUAAUGGCAAACCGGUUAUUGUUCGAAAUGUUCUUGAACAAGCUAGUGGCUUGAGCUGGGAGCCAAUGGUUAUGUGGCGUGCGCUAAGUGAAAAUCCAGGAGCAGAGGCUGGAACAAAUUAUUUGGACGUAAAGGCCAUUGACUGCUUGACUGGUUGCGAGGUGGAAAUUAAUACUCGUCAGUUUUUUGAAGGCUAUACUGAAGGAAGAACUUAUUAUAACUUAUGGCCAGAAAUGCUUAAAUUAAAGGACUGGCCUCCGUCAGAUAAAUUUGAAAAUCUUUUGCCACGCCAUGGGGAAGAAUUUAUUAGUGCUCUGCCUUUUAAAGAGUACACAGAUCCAAGGGCUGGUAUCCUCAACCUUGCUGUGAAGUUGCCUACAGGUGUCUUAAAACCAGACUUGGGUCCAAAAACAUACAUUGCUUACGGCAUUGAAGAAGAACUCGGAAGGGGUGACUCUGUAACUAAGCUUCAUUGCGAUAUGUCAGAUGCGGUAAACAUUUUGACACACACAGCAGAGGUGGAUUUAACAACACAGCAGCGCCUGUCAAUUUCAAGGUUGAAAAGAUUACACAUGCAGCAAGAUGUUAAAGAGGGGAUAAAAUCUAGCAUGAAUCAUAUUGAAGAACAAACACAGGAAAUGAUACUAAACGAAGUUAAACAUUCCUCUAAAACUGAUGGUGGCGCAUUGUGGGACAUCUUCCGGCGAGAGGAUGUCCCAAAGUUAGAGGCAUUUUUAAGGAAGCACUCGAAGCAUUUCAGGCAUACCUAUGGUUGUCCUGUUAAACGGGUCGAUCAUCCGAUUCAUGACCAAUCCUUUUAUCUAUCGUCGGAGCACAAGAGGACACUGAAGGAGGAAUAUGGCAUUGAACCAUGGACAUUUGAGCAACAAGUUGGAGAGGCUGUAUUUAUUCCUGCUGGCUGUCCUCACCAAGUUAGGAAUCUUAAGUCAUGUACCAAGGUCGCUGCAGACUUUGUUUCUCCGGAAAAUGUUGGUGAAUGCCUGCGAUUGACUGAGGAGUUUAGACAACUUCCCAAAAGUCAUAGAGCCAGAGAAGACAAAUUAGAGAUAAAGAAAAUGGUGCUUUAUGCUGUUGAUCAAGCUGUCAAAGAAUUGGAAGACUUGGAUGCAGUUUAUAAUGUCAAUAAUUCUUAGGGCAGUUAAUGAUAGAAAUUUCGUCUGAGACUAACCCUCCUAGGAUAAAGGCAUACAUAGUUUGCCAUGGAUGCAUUAUGUAAAGCAUGGAAAGUGUUAGAGUAUUAGUAUAAUGAAAUAAGCAUUCGGCAAAAACAAAGUACUCCAUUCUUUUGUUUGUUAAAUUAUAGAUAAGAAAUUAAAUUUACUUCUUUGAAAUGUUUAGAAGUAAAGCAAAUGCCCUAAAUGAGGGUACUAGGAAGAUUACUGUCACCUACUUUUUACUAUCCUUUUAAAAGUUAGAUCCAAAUGACUUUUUUUUUCUUCUA